GCUUCCCCACGUUUUUAUGAAUGUAAGUGAUAUUAAGAUUAAAAGGUUGGAAUCCAGUGUACUGCGGAAUCCAAUAUUAUUGGUCCCAAUAUACUGAGUGACCAAUAUUAUUGGUUCCAAUAGAUUGUGUGACCAAUAUUAUUGGUUCUAACAGAUUGGAUGACCAAUAUUAUUGGUUCCAAUAGAUUGGGUGACUAAUAUUAUUGGAUCCGAAUAUUAUUGGAUCCGAAUAUUAUUGGAUACCCAAUAGUAUUGUACAAUAUCUCCAAUAACGAUUGGUAUUGGUACAUGCCUAAGUGUGAUCUGUCUGAAAAAAAAAGUAUUUUGUUGUUGACGCAAGUAUUCUAUUCGUCCAAUUUUCAAAAAUCAUUUUCUAUGAGAUUUUCUCUCGUAUUACUGUGAAAUUAAACUUCAAAUUCAUUGUUUUAUAUGUCAGAUAAUUCUGACAAUUAUUUUUUAAAGAAAUUUGCAACAUAAUCAUUUUUUCUGAUGUACAAACACUUUUUGCAUUAGACUAGCAGAGGCAACCUAAGAAUGUAAAACUUAGAAAGAAGAAAAUAGUUUCAGCUGUUAUAAAUAAAGAGUGUGUGAUUAUUACUUAAUAUUAGGUUUUAUCAUGAAUUUAACAACGUUUUGCAUAUAACUGGUGAAUUAAAUCAAGAGUUUAAAGUCCUUUUUCCUAUUGUGUUAAAUUAAUGAUAAAUGAAUUUCGAACUUUCAUAGAUGAAAUUAACUAAACAAUUUUCUACUAUACGUUUGAAAAGAAGAAUAUUGGUGGUACUCUAUGUUUAAAAAAUCAUUAAUUUGUUAAUUUACAUCAUCAAAUAAAAAAACACGAUAACAGCAGCAUUUUUUAACUUCAUUAUGAAAUUAAGUAUUAUUAAAUGAGGUUAAAAAAUGCUGCUUUUACCGUGUUUUUUAUUUUGAAAUUAUUACCUAAUUAAUCGUAAUAAUAUUACAUCAUAAAAGAAAAGAACAUACAUGAUACGGUUAUUAUUUAGAUAAUUGAACGAAUAUUGGAGGCACAUGCUAAUGUAAGCAAUUUGAGUAUGAAUGAAGCAAAAUUACAAUAUAUUAAAGCAUGGCAAUCUUUACCUGAAUAUGAUAUACAACCAUUUGUUGUCAAAUUUAAAGAUUCAUCUAAACGAGAGGAAAUUCUUGGUAUUGCUUCGAAUCGUCUAAUUAAAUUAUCAAUAAAUGGUGAUGCACUUAAAACAUGGCGUUAUAAUACAAUGAAAUCAUGGAAUGUUAAUUGGCAAAAUAAACAAUUAACAAUUGAAUUUGAAAAUGAGACAAUAACAUUAUUACCAUUGUAUAAUAUUGAUAGUAAAUGUAUACAUGAAUUUAUUGGUGCUUAUAUAUUUUUAUCAAUGCGUUCAAAAGAUAAAAUUGGUACUAAUGAUCCAUUACAACAAGAAACAUUAUUUCAUCGUUUAACAUCUGCUUACAUGUAA